CCUGAUACCAGUUUCCCGCCUCUUUCUUUUUCUACUCUUCUUUCUCUUAACAUCAUCGAUGCUACACCAACCGCUCGCAUCAGCAGCGACAGCAGCAGUGAGUACUACCGCUGCUCAUAUCACACCUUGUGGGCGAGGGGCUGGAGCUGCCACUGUUGAACGCGACUGGGGGGAUGGUCCCGCCUUUCGCGCAAAUAUCAGCCAACUCGAGGCCAAAACCAGCACUCUCAAACAAAGCGUCAAACGGAUCCUCAAGACAGCAACAGCGUGCCUUCAAGCACAGCAAGUCCUACUACAGGCUGACCAGCAGUUUACCGCCGCCUUGCGUGAGACUCCGUGCACCGAACCUCUCUUUACGCACUACCUCAAUUCCGCCUGGGACGACAUUCACAAUGAGCGAGAACGGCUACAAAACUCAAUGCAAACACUCCUCAUCGGUCCAUUACAGAAACUGUACGAUUGUGACAUUAAACAAGCUGAGCACAAACGGCGACAGUUCGAAGAAGAGAGCAAAAAGUACUAUGCCAGUCUGUCAAAGUAUCUCGGAGGCAAGAAGAACGAAACUAAAUAUCUCGCCAAGAAAUCUCGCUACGAUAUGAUACGGUUCGAUUAUCACGCAUUUCUAACAGAUCUACAUCGUGGCAAAAAGGAGACCGAGCUCUUGUACCACUUGUUUAGUCUACAAGAACGACAACAUGCCUACUAUACGACGACUGCACAGAAUUUGGAGCGGCAAAAGACUGGGUUGGAACAUAUUGCUGGACUAAUUGCCGACGCUUCACGAGAGCAGGCUAUUGUCAACAAAGAAAGAUCCUCUACUCGUAAAGCUCUGCAAGCUGCAGUGGAUCAGGUUGCAACACAAAAAAAGCAACAGCGACAGCAUAGCGGCGACGGCUUAUCAGCAUCAGCCGCUUCCUCGCCAUCAUCAAUAAAGGAUAAGGACAAAGAAGGAAAGUUUCACGGUAUCCGCGAUCUGCAAUCACCUGGUAACCGCGCAUCAGCUGGACGACGAAAAGAAGGUGUUCUCUUUGCCACAUCAAGACCGCUCAAAGUGAAUGGAUCUGACAGGCCUGCACACGGUGUCACUUGGCAUAAAUACUGGUGCAUCCUCCGUACAGGACAGCUCUGUGAGUACAGUAACUGGAAGCGAAGUCCUGCAGCACAUCGGGAACCUUUAAACCUACGUUUUGCAACUGUCAGAGUAGCCCGUAACACGGAUCGAAAGUUCUGCUUUGAGGUGAUUACCCCACAAUUUCGACGCCUAUAUCAGGCCAUGUCCAAGGAAGAUAUGAACGAUUGGGUUUCGACGAUCAACAACGCCAUCGAAAGCGUCCUGAACGGCGCUGGAAGCACAGCUGAUAUAAACUAUCAAGAUAACACUGCUCCGCGGCGCAACUCGAUUGGAGGUGCAUUCGUCGGUCAUAUCACGUCUGAGGCCAAACGAAAGUUUUACCGUCACUCUAUCGGGCCUGUUAAGCGAGCAUCGUCAGGUUUCAUGGACAUGAACUUCGCUGAAUUAUUACCCGGAUCGCUCUACUUACCAACAACAUUCUCCAACAAGGAAUCUGAAUCAACAACUGAUAGCAGCUUACCGAGUAUACCGUCCUUGGCAACGUCAGCUGCUGCUUUUCCUCCUCUUGCGCCACCUAUGGCUGACGAUGGUACGAAAGCAUCCACAACAACAACAACAAUAACAACAACACAUGCCAAGAAAGAAGGUACCAUACCGCGGCUGUUGCAAAGGUUGUACGAAGCGGAUGUGUCAAACACAAAAUGUGCGGACUGCGGCUCUGAGAACCCCGAAUGGUGCUCUUUAAACUUGGGAAUCCUAUUAUGCAUAGAAUGCUCCGGCAUUCACCGAAGUUUAGGCUCACACCUGUCCAAGGUCAGAUCACUCAUGCUUGACAGCACUUCGUAUACUCCUGAAGUGAUUGAUAUCUUGCUCGCGCUCGGCAAUGCACGCUCGAAUGCCAUUUGGGAUCCACGAAUAUCGACAACCUCUUCUGACAACAGCUCUCAUAUACCAACUAGCAACAGUCCUAGAAGUGACAAGGUUGAUUAUAUCUUUGCAAAGUACCGUGAAAGGACCUAUGUCCGACCAUUCGCACGACCAGCCAAAAACAAGAAUCUCGACAAUCCGCAGAUGCUGCUACUCGAAGCAAUUGAAAAGGAUGACCUAGUUUUGGCUGGUCAUUCAAUUGCACUUGGCGCGGAUCCAAACGUACCUCAUACCGCAUCCACACUGUCAUUAAUCACUAAUAAAGAUAACAGCAGCGGUGAUUACGAAGGCAACAGCGACGAUAACAGCAACCACGAGCCUAAAUACAUCUCACUGCCUGUCCUGGACGCUGAUGGUGAACAAGUGCCCGACAAGUUUCUUACUUUCCCCGUCCCUGAACCUUUUGCUGUUCGUUACCCUCUACAUUUCUCACUUUUGAAAAGACAGCAAGAGAAUAAGAACAAGCAGCUCCCCGAUUUUGUGAUGGCUGAAUUUUUGUUCCAGAAUGGUGCUGAUGCUUUCAUUGUCGACCCGUAUAACGGAUAUCCACUGUCUGAAUUAGUUGGCAUUGGCCACGCCGUUGAUGACAGUGCACUCAUGUACUUCAACCAAAAAAUAACUGCGCGCGGCGCUCGUCGAGUAUGGCGAAGUUCCAUGAAUUCACCUCCGUGUAAAAAAGCAUGAAUUUACAUUUGUUUGUACUACAAGCACCUCUUUCUUCCUCCAUCUUCUUCCUUCUAAAGCUUCACUCGUCUGUUCAUGUCCUUUUCAUUCUACAAGUCUUAUAUUUCUACCCAUUCUUCCCAUACAAUGCCUAUCUACUCAAAUACAGUGUGUUUAAAUAGUAGUAGAUGCACUUUUUAUUACUUAUCAAAUUUUGUAUCUAAAUUUUAAAUAAUAUUAAUUUUAUUACUCUCAUUGACAUUUAUACACAAUCUUUUCGACGUAAGGCAGUAACUAGAGGUGAUACGUUAAUUUAUAUUUAGUAGAUGAUAUACGACCGAUGUCCAG